GGGUUCAAGAGUCCAGAUGACAAACAUAUAAGUAGAAGUGUUCAAAUUACAAAACCAACAUACCAAUAGAGCAUUUUGCCUUAAUAUUGGGCUGCAAGUUUUUCAGGAAUACUUUAGAGGCCCAAUAAGUGAAAGCUGACACUAUAAAUUUAGCCUUUUCUACCACAGAGGCACAGAAGAAACAGAGCUUAGGGUUUUUGUUUUCUAUUGAGUUUCGAGGCUACGUGCAACAUCUGUGAUCUGCCAAAAGUUCCAAGACAAUAUGGGUAUUCCAAAGAUUUCGAACGACAUUGACUUGCUUCGCCCUCCUGCUGAGCUUGAGAAACAAAAACACAAGCUUAAGCGUUUGGUCCCAUCACCUAAUUCUACUUUUCUGGAUGUCAAAUGCCAAGGUUGCUUCCAAAUAACAACAAUUUUCAGCCACUCACAGACCGUGGUUACAUGCCCCAGCUGCCAACAAGUGCUAUGCCAGCCAACCGGUGGGCGUGCAAAACUUACCGAGGGAUGCUCUUUUAGGGUUAAGGAGAAGGCUGCGAUCUUGUUGGCUUGAUUCUUGCUAGAGCUGCUUUUGAGCUAUGAUAUAUUUUAAACUAGGCUUUUAAAGAAUGAGUUGGUCAAGAGAACUUUUCCCUUGAUCAGUACUUUUUUUUGAUGAUGUUUUGACUAUAAUACUGUCUAUCUUGUUACUCUUGCCUCCUUAUGAAGUAAUUAAUCUUCUAGUCCUUGCUCUUGAUUUUA